UGCCUACUCUUGUAUCUGUUCCAAGGGUUAGGAGUAUAACACUACUGUUGGCCUUCUCUUUUGGGUUUCUGGUAGGUCUUUCACUUUUUUCUAUGCGAUAUGUAACUGUAAAUAGUGCACAAGUUGUUACAAAGCAAGACCUAAGCUUGUCUAGAUUGCCUGCUACAAGUGCUGACAACAAAGAAACUGUUUGCAACACUCCACUGAAACUAACUUUUAUAAUCUUGUCUUCACCUUUUGGUACUGGAGCUCCAAGGCGUGCUGCAAUCAGAAGAACAUGGCUAAACUUGUACAACGGAUUAACUGGAGUCAAGAUUGUUGCCAAAUUUGUGAUAGGAAUCAGAGGAUUAGCUAAGGAGAAUCUUGCAGUAAUGAUGGACGAAUCAAGCACUUACAAAGAUAUGCUUCUUUUUGAUAAUUUUCAAGAUAUUUAUGACAAUUUAUCAUUGAAAGUGUUGUACAGCUUUAUAUGGGCACAUGGCGAUCAUGAUUUCGAUUAUCUUAUUAAAGUGGACGAUGACAGUUUUGUACAACUAGACAGAUUUGUGACUGCACUGAAGAAUAUGAAUUGUCCAAAGCUACUGUACUGGGGAUACUUUAAUGGAAGAGGCUUCCCUAACUAUGCAGGGAAAUGGGCAGAAAAACAAUGGACCCUUUGUCCUCACUUCCUACCAUAUGCAAUGGGAGGUGGGUAUGUGCUCUCAUGGAAGCUUAUUGACCUCAUUACCAGUAUCAAUGAUUCGUUAGCAGUCUACAAGAAUGAAGAUGUGACUGUUGGUGCAUGGCUUGCACCAUUUAGAGUUCAUCGUGUUCAUGACAUUCGCUUCAACACUGAAGGCCAUUCUCACGGGUGCAACAAUAACUACAUCAUUACACACAAGGAGAAGGCAGUUACUUUCAUACAAAAGCUCAAAAGUGUAUCAACUAAUAGGACACUUUGCCAGGUUGAGCGUGAAGUGAAGCCAGCUUAUCUUUACAACUGGCAGGUUCCCCCUCCCCUGUGUUGCAAGAGAGAGUAUGGUAUACCCAUUCCAAAAUAAUUAAACUGAAAUGCUGUGUAUUGUAUCAUGAACUAGUUAUUAGUCUUCAAUGUAUGCUGG